ACUUACUGUGGUUCUCUAAUGUGUAGUUCACUAUAUGUCUGCACAGAUUGGGACAUGGUGAUAUAUUAGAAGUCGAUUUAUAUCGUGAUACCUGCAGUCUUGCAUUUUAUUAACAUCGUAUCUUAGCUCGCUGGUUUGCUCACAUUGUUGACACAGUCAGCUUUAUAAAUGUUUAAAUAACACGCUAAUGUAAUUGUCGUUUAUGAGUACUGACAAUAGCUUUGUUAGUAACUUAUAAAGUUUACGUCAUACGCAUUGUCUGCUUCGCUGUUGGAAACAAUGAGCUGUGUGAAGGAAGGAAGCCGCAGUGCGUCCCCUCACUGCCCCAAACCAGAUGAAUCAAAGGAGCCACUGGGGACAACCAUGGAGACUGGAGCUUCCAACGAUGUUGGUGUGAAAUCUGUGAAUAUGACGCCUGAAGUGGUUAUUACCAAGGAAAUGGAGGAAGAAGAGAAGCAGCUGAUGAAGGACGGCGAGAAGAAAGAGGAGGAAAUGUUGGAAAAGGCCAGGAAAUCAUGGGAGAGGGAUUCUCAUGACAUAAGGUUUAAGAGACUGCAGCAUCUGCUUCAGAAGAGCAACAUCUACUCUAAAUUCCUCCUGACUAAAAUGGAGCAACAACAAAAUGAGGAGAAACUUAGGAAGGAGAAACUGGAAAAGAAUACCAAGAAGAGCACAAACAGUGCAGGACCUGAGAAAGAUAAACAGAAGAAGAGGAGAAGGGAUGAAGAUUACAAAAUAUCAGAUAUCAUGACAAAAGAAGAAAUCAUGUUGCAGGCCAAGAGAGCAAAAAUGGACGGAAGUGAUGAGGCACCAGCCCAGAAAAAAAUAGAAGCUGAGGAUAUAGAGAAGAUAAGCGAUUCAAACCAGGACAUCAAGAAGCGUCUAUCCGAGGUGGUGCGAGACAAGGCCAGGCAUAUCCUCCAUCCUCACAGAAUGGUAAACGACCAGCUAGUCCCCACCCAGCAGCCAACGCUCUUCACUGGAGGAGUCAUGAGGUCGUACCAGAUUGAAGGUAUCGAGUGGUUGAGGAUGUUGUGGGAGAACGGUAUUAAUGGGAUCCUGGCUGAUGAGAUGGGACUGGGAAAGACCAUCCAGUGCAUUGCUCAUAUCGCCAUGAUGAUAGAAAAAAAAGUGAUUGGUCCCUUCUUGGUAGUUGCCCCUCUCUCCACUCUGCCCAACUGGAUCAAUGAAUUCAAGCGUUUCACACCAGAGGUGUCUGUACUGCUUUACCAUGGCCCUCAGCCAGAGAGGGCCAAACUGCUAAAGCAGAUCCACAGGCCUCAGGGGCUCGUCAACAUGUGUUCUGUCGUCAUCACCUCCUUUGAGAUCGCCAUGAUUGACAGAAAAUUCCUCCAGCGCUUCCACUGGAAGUACCUGAUAGUGGACGAAGGUCACCGGAUCAAAAACCUCAACUGUAGGCUGGUGCGGGAGCUGAAGAUGCUGCCCACAGACAAUAAGCUGCUACUGACUGGCACGCCGCUGCAGAACAACCUGGCAGAGCUUUGGUCCCUCCUGAACUUCCUCUUGCCAGAGGUCUUUGAUGACCUUAAGAGCUUUGAAUCAUGGUUUGACAUCAACACUCUUGGGGAGGCUGAGAGUGUAGUGAAAGCUGAACGUGAGCAGAACAUUCUGAGCAUGUUGCAUCAGAUUCUAACUCCAUUUUUGCUAAGGAGGCUGAAAUCAGACGUGACUCUGGAGGUUCCUCCUAAGAAGGAGAUAAUUGUUUAUGCUCCUCUGACAGCCAAACAGGAGACUUUUUACACUGCUGUGCUCAACAAGACCAUCGCCAAGAUUCUGGGCCAGGAAAAGACAGAGGCUCCUGUAAUGCUGAUGUCAAGUGGCAGGCCAAAGCGUCAUUGUAGGAAGGUGGAGGACUACAAAGAAACAGAUGGAGAUACACCGUACAACCUGGAAAAAUAUCUGGAGAAGGUCAGCAAGGAGCUUAAGCAGAGCUCCCCUCCAGUGCUGGAUGUCCAUAGCCCACUGGAUGCUCAGAUAAACUUGAAGCUGCAAAACAUUCUCAUGCUACUUAAGAGAUGUUGUAACCACCCAUACCUGAUAGAGUACCCCCUCGACUCCGCCACACAGGAGUUCAAGAUUGAUGAGCAGCUGGUGCAAAGUUCUGGGAAGUUUCUCAUCCUGGACAGACUGCUGCCUGCACUGAAGAAAAGGGGACACAAGGUUCUGAUCUUCAGUCAGAUGACCUCCAUCUUGGAUAUACUAAUGGAUUACUGCUAUUUGCGGGGCUUCCUGUACAGCCGACUGGAUGGCAGCAUGUCUUACUCCGACAGAGAUGAAAAUAUAACCAAGUUUUCCAAAGAUCCAGAGGUGUUCCUGUUCCUGCUGAGCACCAGAGCAGGAGGACUUGGGAUCAACCUCACAGCUGCUGAUACAGUCAUCAUCUUUGACAGCGACUGGAACCCCCAGGCAGACCUGCAGGCGCAGGACCGCUGUCACCGCAUUGGUCAAACAAAACCAGUGUUGGUGUACCGCCUCGUCACAGCCAACACCAUUGACCAGAAGAUCCUGGAGAGAGCCUCUGCAAAGAGGAAGCUGGAACAGAUGGUCAUUCACAAGAAUAAGUUCAAAGGCGGGAAGGCAGAGCUGAACCAAAGUAAGAGCUGCAUUGAUCUGGAUGAACUCAUGCAACUGAUCAAAACCAGAGACACUGAGAAGCAGAUGAAAGCAUCAAGGGGGAAGGUGAUCAGUGACAAGGACCUGGAGAUUUUGCUGGAUCGCAGUGACAUGCUGGACAAAGAAAAGGGGAGCUUGAACAAAGAGAAGGUUGGAGUCUUCAGAGUAACUGAUGCCAAAGAGUCUUCAGAAAUCUCACUGACCUGAGAACAUAUUCAGAUGUGACCAUCUGACCACAUUCCUUCAGGAGAGAAAUCAAGCUAAAUUCUGAGGGCUAACAGCUUCUGAUACUAGUAGUAGAGACUGAAACUGCUGUUGAUGUUAAUAAGUGUAUUUUCUCUGUUUGUUCAUUGGCUUGAUAAUACUCUGUUUAAUGAGCUUUGUUGAACAUUGUCAAUGUCAGUGAGAUUUAGAUUUUAAUGGCAAAAGAUAAAGAUAAGUCCUUUUCUCAAACUGUUCUAUGAUUGUUACCAUGUAUCUGUUUGACAAGACAAGCUGUAGUCAUGUGAUCCAGUUGGUUAGGCCUCUUUAUUAAAAUGUAUUUUUCCCCCAUUCAAAACACUCUUCCUAACUAUGGUUAACAAUGCUGUAAUCAAAGCUCUUUCAUGCAGGUAAGGCAUGCAAGUUCUUUCAUGUCUUUUUAUAAAAACAAAUAAAGUAUAUGGUUUUAUAACUUU